GUCUCUUGAGGCAAGCUUCAUUGCUUAUUGCCAUGGCUCGUACCAAACAGACUGCUCGCAAGUCCACGGGCGGUAAGGCGCCACGCAAGCAGCUGGCUACCAAGGCUGCUCGCAAGAGCGCACCGGCCACCGGCGGCGUGAAAAAGCCUCACCGUUACCGCCCGGGUACUGUAGCUCUGCGCGAGAUCCGUCGCUACCAGAAGUCGACCGAGCUGCUGAUCCGGAAGCUGCCGUUCCAGCGCCUAGUGCGAGAAAUCGCCCAGGACUUCAAGACCGACCUUCGGUUCCAGAGCUCAGCGGUGAUGGCACUGCAAGAGGCUUGCGAGGCCUACUUGGUAGGGCUUUUUGAGGACACAAACCUUUGCGCCAUUCAUGCCAAGCGGGUGACUAUUAUGCCCAAGGAUAUACAGCUUGCUCGCCGCAUUCGCGGAGAGAGAGCGUAAACCUAAAGUUACAGUUUGAUCAGUCCUAAAACCCAAAGGCUCUUUUCAGAGCCAC